AUGAAGACUUCUGCGCAUUGUGCGGUGCUACUGGCGUGCCUCACUUGUGUAGUCGGCCGAAAGUUCCAUUCCGACAAAGGCAAUUUCUCGCUUCAGACCGACGAUGAUCUCCCCGUUUGCACGGGCAAUCUCUUGGCCAAGGCUGUGGGCAAUGACCACUGGCAGUGUGACACGUUGAGCGGAGAAAUCGGAGCAGAUGCACAGAAGAAGUGCGAGGAGAGCUUUGACACUGAUGCCAGCCAGUCGACGUAUAUGCAGUGUUCUGUGGAGAGCAGGAGCGCAACUGAAUUCAAUUGUUUGGCUGCCACACGAUGCAGGAACAAGCCGCUUCCAGCCUCAUGCGAAGCUCUUGACACCCUGUCAUUCGGCUCACAGAACACAGAAUUUGUGAAGAUCAUCGAUUGGGACAAGGGAACCGCGGCCAACAACGGAGUCACCUUUGAUGCCACGAAGAAUUGCGUCAAUGACCUGUUCAAGACGAACGGCGGCGUGUGGCUAAUGGAGGUGAGCAACGAUGGCAGCACCUUCCACGAGUGGUCUGUGUACAAGCAAGUUCAAGAGCGAGAUGAUUUCGAUGCACACGGCUACAUCUACAACUGGAGGUCUGCAAACAACAAGAUCAAUGAGCAGUUCGAGUUGUACUCAGAUGUCAACGAUGCAAUCUCUGGGAACUCCAAGUGGGCUCGUUGCAACUACGAUGAUUCGGCUGCUGGCUUUGCACGAGACUGUUGCUGUCGGUCCUCCAGUCAGUCUUUCGAACCCAACAAGGGUGGUGGCGGUUGGGGCUUCUUCGCGCCCUCGCGCUACCGCGGCAACAUCCGUUGGGCCAACAUCAGGAUCUCCAUGCCGAAGCAGGCAUUGCCAUGA